GGUGUGCUUCUUAUCGCUAGGAAAGGCAGCAGGUGUGUAUAGGUAUUUGCUCUAAGAGAUGCUGGGGGGGAAUUGGCUGAGAAUGCGACGGCUUAUGUGAGUUUGGAGCCGUGUAAUCAUUAUGGCAGAACUCCACCUUGCACCGAAGCUCUUAUCAAAGCCAAAGUGAAGAAGGUGGUUGUUGGCAUGGUGGAUCCAAACCCGAUUGUGGCUUCGAAAGGGGUGGAUAAAUUGAGAGGGGCAGGAAUAGAUGUUAUGGUUGGUGUUGAAGAGGAACUGUGCAAGAGGCUCAACGAGGCCUACAUCCAUAAGAUGCUCACAGGGAACCCUUUUCUCACAAUUAGAUACUCCAUAUCUCUGAAUGGUAACAUUUUGGACCAACUUGGUGAAGGAGCUACAGAACGUGGGGGAUACUACUCCCGGUUGCUACAGGAAUACGAUGCCAUUGUUCUUUCUGCUUCUGCAACCACCAUUGAGCUACCCCUUUCUAUUUCUCAAGAACCGGGUGCUAAUCAACCCCUUUGGAUAAUCACUGCAAGCUCCUCGGAUCCAAUUCGUGUUCCUUUAGUGGAUGUCGGGCAAUCAGAUUCUAAAGUGAUCAUCUUUGUAGCCAAGGAAUCCAGCGUUGAAACUAGCCAGAGAGGAAACAAAACUGUGGUAUUGGAUCGCAUAAAUCUGAAGGCUAUAUUGGAGUACUGUAAGCAGCAGGGUCUGUGCAGUCUUCUGCUGGAUUUGAGGGGAACUCCUGUUGGGAUAGAGAAGCUUGUCAAGGAAGGUAUGGAGUACAAGAUGUUGCAGAAGAUUGUAGUUGAAGUAUUGCCUCUGUGGGAAGGUGAAGAUGAUGCAGCUGCUCUAGCUGCAUUGAAGACCAUGGGGAGACACGUAGACCUGAAGAAUGUACAGACCAGUAGCUCAGACGGAAGUAUUGUACUUGAGGGUUACUUUUAG